AUGGCCGAACCGGCCGAACCAACUACAUUAGUAGACAAUCGAUAUUUUCCGGGGGAUAUAGCAUGGAUGUUAAUUUGUACUGCACAAGUAUGGCUUAUGGUUCCCGGCAUAGGUUAUUUUUAUAGUGGCAUGGCAAGAAGUAAAAAUGCACUUUCUCUUAUUUUACUUUGUGUCCUUUGUGUUGCCGUUGUUUCUAUACAGUGGUUUGUCAUAGGUUACUCUCUAACAUUUAGUACGAAAGGAGGUAGCUUUAUAGGUAAUGUAGAUAACGCGUUUUUCCUAAAUCUUAAAGGCGAACCUUCUUUCGCAAAUCCAAGGAUUCCGGAUACCGUAUACGCAAUUUAUCAAGGAAUGUUUGCAGCAGUUACGCCAGCAUUAGCAAUCGGCGCAGCAGCCGAAAGAGCAAGAGUAGUUCCAAUGUUGAUAUUUAUAUUUAUAUGGACGACACUAGUAUACGAUGUGAUUGCAUCAUGGUCUUGGUCAAAGAAUGGGUGGUAUGCACAAUUAGGUGGAUUGGAUUUUGCCGGAGGCACACCAGUGCAUAUAACAUCUGGAGCAGCAGCGUUAGCAUACUGUAUAGUGUUAGGAAAAAGGCACGGACAUGGUACCGAUGAAUUUAAACCACAUAAUGUAGCAAAUGUUGUAUUAGGUACUACAAUGUUAUGGUUUGGAUGGUUUGGAUUUAAUGGAGGUUCCGCUUAUUCAGCUAAUUUAAGAUCAGUAUUGGCAAUUACUUCUAGCAAUUUAGCGGCAUCCGUGGGUGGAAUAACAUGGAUGUUACUAGAUUAUAGAUUAGAAAAGAAACUAUCAGCUUUAGGAUUUUGUUCGGGAGCUAUAGCAGGAUUGGUCUGCGUAACUCCAGGAAGUGGUUAUAUUAAACCGGCAUCAGCUAUAGUAUUUGGAAUUGUCGGUGGA